UUUUAGUUUUAUUGACAGUUAACAACUGUCAGGAUGUGGUAUAUAUUAGCUUAUAUAAACUAAUUGUUUUUUUAUUUUAGUUUAAGUUGUGCAUUCAAAUCAUCAUGACAAAAGCACCACUAGUUUCUCCAAACAUCGGUUGUUGGAUUGAAACAAAUCGUCUUCUUCCUGGAGCUUUUAAAGUUGAUGGUACAAGUAUAGGUAAUGACGUUUAUAUCAUCAGAGUUCGAUUAAAUGGUGGUUUGUACCCUGGGAAACAUGUAAACAACAUAGGAUCUUUUGCAACUUGGGCCGGUGAAGAACACAGAGUUAAAUACAUUGAGAUGUUAUGUUAUUCACAGAUGAAAUGGGUCAAUUGCUAUGGUAAUAUAAUUCCCUCGAAUUGUUUUAUUGGUGGACACGAUGAAGAUGGAGAGGAUUUGUAUGUCGGAAAGUGUUAUCACGAUGGAAAUGUUGUGGUUGGUGGUGUGAAGAAGGGUGAAGGGGUUUUAAAGUAUGGAUGGUUUGGCUCAGAAUAUGUUAGUAAAAGAUAUGAUAUUUUGGUGGCUGUAGACGAUGUACUACAAGUUGACAGUUCUUAACGAUUUACAAAUGUUUGUGGAAUAAAUAUAAUAGUAAUAAUCUUAUCAAAACUGUUUAUAUGCUGUUUAAUAAACGAAAAUAAAUUAUUUUUUGUCA